GUGGGCAGGGGCAGACACUGGGGAGCACACGGCCCUGGGUUACUGGGACCCCAAUGCGUGGGGAGUUCAAAUCCUCACACUGCAGACUUGCCCCUCGUCCUCACCGCCUGGCCUGAGCCCCUGCCCCAUGGAGGAACCGUGUCUCUGGUUAAAGGCAGGUGCUGCCUGGGAAUUGGGGUCUGGAUCAUUCCUGCCACGCCCUGGCUGACCCGGCAGGCUCAGAGCGUGACUCCUCUUUCCCUCGGGCAGGCGCUGGUGGCUCGAGGCGGAGAGCCCAGCUCAGAUGGAGCGAGGGGACAGGCUGCGUGUGGGCGAGCGCAGGGAGAGGCGAGCGAGGGGAGCGCCUGACGCCUGCGGCACAGGUUCUGCUGACCCCAGAGCCCAGGUGGUUAUUAAAACGGAGCAGGAAGAGGAGCCAGGCCCGGGGGGGCCCCCAGCGCAGAGGGAGAGAGGAAUUCUCCAUGCCCCCGGCACAGGCGCAGGCUGGCCUGACGGGAAGCAUGAGAUUGUGGUGAAAGUGGAGCCAGAUGACGAGUCGUACGUGGGGUAUCCCCAGGGCCUGGGGGACCAAGACCUUCCUGGCUACCCCAGCACUGGUAUCAAAGCAGAGAUCGUGGUCAAAACGGAGCCCGAGGACGACGCCUAUGGCGAGUGUGCCCAGCAUUACGGUGGAGGAGACGGUCCUGACGACCCCUUCUGUGACGCAAACCCAGAGAUCAUCGUGAAAGUGGAGCCAGACGAUGAGUCGGCCAUUGGCUACCCCCAGGGCCUGAGCGAAGGCAGAAUUCCCGGCUACCCCAGGCCAGCAGGCGAUGGGAGCAGGGGUGUCAGCGAGCGGGAGCACCCUGGAGAAGAGCCGGAGGAUGUGAAACCGAACAGGGCUUUGCUGAUGAGAGGCUUAGAGGCAGCUUCCUCAGGCUUGCUCAGGACAGAACCCAGCAUUAAUCACUGGAAAGUGCAACACGCCCCGGGAAACAUCCCGGCGCUCCAGAGAAACGCCGUGGCUCCGGAGGGGCCGCAGACAACCCCUGAGCCCAAGGGAAAGGUGCCAACGGCCCCGACAAACAACCCCAGCCAGAAAUCCCUUUCGGGGAGCGUGGCCACCAGCACCGAGCCGGUGAGGCGCCCGCGAGCUCACGCUGCCGAGCGGCCGUUCACGUGCACUGAGUGCGGGAAGAGCUUCCAGCACCGGGGGAACCUCAUCACGCACCUGCGGGUGCACACGGGCGAGAAGCCCUUCACCUGCACUGAGUGCGGCAAGAGCUUCAGCCAGAAGGGCGACCUGAUGCGGCACCAGCGCAUCCACACGGGCGAGAAGCCCUUCGAAUGCAACGUGUGCGGGAAGAGCUUCUGCUCCAAGCAGACCUUCAUCCUGCACCAGCGCAUCCACACCGGGGAGAAGCCCUUCUCCUGCACCGAGUGCGGCAAGUGCUUCAACCGCAAGGCCAACUUCAUCACCCACCAGAAGAUCCACCGCGGGGAGCGCCCCUUCGUCUGCGCCGAGUGCGGCAAGGGCUUCUGCGCCAAGAAGACCUUCAUCCUGCACCAGAAGAUCCACAUCGGGGACCGGCCCUUCGGCUGCUCCGAGUGCGGCAAGAGCUUCAGCCGCAACGGGGAUCUGACCCGGCACCAGCGCAUCCACACCGGGGAGCGGCCCUUCGCCUGCGCUGACUGCGGCAAGUGCUUCAGCCACAACGGGGAGCUGAUCAAGCACCAGCGCAUCCACACUGGGGAGAAGCCCUUCACCUGCACCGAGUGCGGCAAGAGCUUCAACCGCAAGGGCACCCUCAUCACCCACCAGCGCAUCCACACCGGGGAGCGCCCCUUCGUCUGCCCCGAGUGCGGCAAGACCUUCAACCUGAAGACCACGCUGAUGAAACACAAGCGGAUCCACACAGGGGAGCGGCCCUUCACCUGCGUGGAGUGCGGCAAGAGCUUCAAGUACAAGGGCAACCUGCGGACGCACCACCUCACCCACACGGUGGAGCGGGUCUACCCCUGCACCGAGUGCGGGAAGAUCUUCAGCCACAAGAAGGAGCUGACGGUGCACCAAGCCGUCCACACGGAGGAGAGACUCUUGUCCUGCUACGGAGAUGGGGAGUCGUUCAACCCCUUCCUCCAGAUGCACCCGCUCCUACUGUCGGUGCCCCAAGCCAAGUGCCUCUGGAAGCCUUAACGCAAUGUACAUAAGGAGGGAGUUACAGAAAUGCUACGUCCCCUGAGCAGGAGCAGAGGAGGAACAGUGCUGUAAUUUAGGAUUUGGACAUGCCGUGGUGCUGUACAGAGUGCCGAUGAAAUAACAGGCUCCCUGCCACAAGGAGCUCCCAGCCUGAAGGCCUGCGCUGAUGAACCAGCCGUGCAUCCCUAAGGAAAACACAACUGCACAUUCCCUACACAACGCAGCUCGAAUUCAAAUGCAAAGGCUCGAGUCUUGCCCUGAAGGAUGCCAAAGCUGUCGUACUAAUUCCAUUUGCUGGGUUGGAAAUAACCCCCAGAGGUACUAGAGAGAACAUCUGACAUGAGGGACGGGAGGUUUCUGGGAAGGGAUCUGUGGUUUAUGGAGCAGCGCUUGGAGGGCAUUGGAAAUGACACGGCCUGGGUUAACCGAUGUGGGAUCUUCAUCUUACUACUGAAAGGAGAAGUCGGUGCUGGCAGGACUCUCCUGCCUGGUUCCUGUGUGGAGCAAACACAGGAGCGUUGUGCUCAUUGUGAUAGUUCUGGCGAAGGCCAGUGGUUUCUCAGGGUGGGGGGUGCUGUGCUGUGUGUUGUUAGGUCAGGCCCUGUGGGUACUUGGGGGGUGGGUGAGACUUUGCUGUAGUUACGGCUUAUGCCAGCAGCAUCUCCAUGGAACUACUGGACAGACCUUAUGGACGGCGCCUGUUCCAGCCGGGCCAGUGACAGUCUGGGAAAUGAAAGAAAAUCUCAACUGAGUGUGGACUUGAGAACUCCAGGUGCAAUGCCCUGGAGCCAUAAUUACUGUAGUGCUGUUUACUCGCUGUACUGACUCUAUUUACCCACCAGGAGUGCGCACUGGGCUUUGCAACUGAGUACGGCCUGAUCCCUGACCUGAGAGGUGACCAUCGCAUGGAGACCACCUAGAGAUCUUACAGAGAAUCACAGAGUCGUAGGGUGGGAGGGACCUCGAGAGGUCACCUCGUCCAAUCCCCUGCACUCAUGGCAGGACUAAGUAUUAUCUAGCCCAGGGGUUGGCAACCUUUCAGAAGUGGUGUGCAGAGUCUUCGUUUAUUCACUCUAAUU